AUACUAAUAGGUCUAAAAUCUUUCGCAAUAUUAGGAGAUUUCACCUUAAGUAUAAAAGCGAUGAGUGUGUGAUUAAGCUCGGGAGGAAGAUCGCCUUUGUCAAAAAAAUUGUUCAACAAAAUUCACAGUAAAAAAAAAAAUCCAAGCUGAGAAUUAAAUCAUCCAUCGUCUACGUCGCUCGCCCAAAUACUCCUCCGUCCUGGAAUUACUUCGCCCCCUUUGAAUGCUUCGCCCCAAGGCAACGAAUUUCAUACUUCCCUUCUCCCAUUAUAUACCUUCCUCUCGACCUCUCUCUAUAUCUCCCUUUCUCAGGCAGAAUAUCAUACGGCUGUGAAAAUGGCGGAGACCCGCAAUCACGAGGACUUAGACCAGCUGCUCGACAGUGCUCUCGAUGAUUUCCAGAGUCUCAAUUUUGCGGCUCCAGCCUCAAAACAGCGGUUCCGAUUCUUCCUUUUCCAUUUGUGCUUCUCCUUUUGUUAAUUUUUAGGCAUGUUAGUUUAGAGAAAGAUGUAAUUGGUAAUGCAGAAGUGGUGGCGGUGAUGAAGAGAAGAUGAAGGUUGAAGGGUUUGGUGAUUUGCCAGCUGGGGUUCAGGGUUUGGGGAUGGGAUUGCCCGACUUGAAGAAGGGCAAGAAGAAAGGGAAACAGAAGGCGGCGGGGGAUUCUUCUACUGGUCAUGUGGCGGAGGCGCUUGACAAACUUAGGGAGCAGACCAAGGAGGCUGUGAAAGGAAUGGAGUCUGUUACUACCACUUCAAGAGGUGAUGAAAAUAAGGAUGUUGCAAUGGAGGAUUGGGUUAAGCAGUUCGAGGAGCUCGCCUCUAAUCAGGACAUGGAAUCUCUGGUGGAGUCCAUGAUGCAGCAGCUGCUGUCAAAGGAGAUUCUUCAUGAACCCAUGAAGGAAAUCGAAGGGAGAUAUCCAACAUGGUUAAAGGACCAUGAAACUAGUUUGAGCACGACAGAAUACGAACGUUACUCCCAACAGUACGAACUCAUAAAAGUUCUGAACCAGGUUUAUGAGAACGACCCCAAUAACUACACCAAGAUUACCGAUCUCAUGCAAAAGAUGCAAGAGUGUGGACAGCCACCUGAUGAAAUCGUCCGGGAACUCGCUCCUGAUCUUGAUUUGGCUAGCCUUGGUCAAAUAACACCGGAGAUGCUCGAGUCCCAGCAAAACUGUAGCGUAAUGUGAAGGAAGACAGACACCUUUGCUUAUUUUGCAGAACAUCUUCACAUCUUGUUCAACUCUUUAUUCCUGUAGCUACUUUUGAGUGAAACAUUCAUCUAGACAAGGCAGCCUGGUCUGGCACCGUACAAUACGAAAACACACAAAGGAACGUGAUUGAUUGUCAGUUGUCAGCAAUGCAAUCUUCAGUGUUCUGUAUCAACAAUCUCAAGAAACCCCAUGUAAAGCAAGCAAACCACAAGAACUCUGUAUAACACAAAACUUCUCUUUUGUAUGUUCCUCUUAAUACUGGUCUUCCGCGUUUGAGAGUAUGAUUUGUAAGACUUUAUUGAGUGUGAACUUCGAAAGAAUGAAUGAAUCGCGUGCUGCAGAUAGACAGGAAGGAAGAAGAAUGACUUCUAGAGCAAGUAAAGCAUCAGGUGGAUGCGAGUGUCUCCCAUUGACAAAACUCUUGGCUAGAAACUUGUGUGCAGAGUCAUAAUCUAGCUCUGUUGGCA